AGAGGGUUUGUCUUCCGUGUCGCCUGGAUGCCAUGGCGUCCCGCAUCAUCGUCAAGAACCUCCCGCCCCACGCAUCUGAUGGGCGCCUGCGGGAAUUCUUCGCGGGCGCAGGGGAGGUCACCGACUGCCGGGUUCAGAAAACCAAAGAUGGCAGAUCCAGAGGUUUCGCUUUUAUUGGCUUCAGGACGGAAGCGGAUGCCCAAGCAGCAGUGAAACAGCUGAAUCGCAGUUUCUUCGACACGUCGAAGAUAAGUGUGGAGGUGGCCCAUGCCCCCGGCUCUGAUGCCCUGGCGCGGCCCUGGAGCAAGUAUGCUGCCGGGUCCAGCGCCUACGAAAAGAGGGAGGCGCGCAAAGCAAACAAGAAGGAAACCGGCAAAGGAGAUGCUGCGGCCGAAGCCUUGGCGAAGGCCAAAGGCAAGGAGAAGACAGAGAAGAAGGCACUAGGGCGCAAGCCGAGCGUCAACAUCAAAGGGACCAAAGUGGUUCGCGCCGCGAAUGUCAAGCCCACAAAGGCUGGGGUGAGCGAUGUCCGAACGCACAUGGAGUUUGAAUCCAGUGAUGAGGAGAACGGCUCGAUGCCCGAGCCAAGAAGUGAGCCAAAGAAAGAGUCAGUGGCCUUCAAUGAGGAGUUGGACGAUUUAGCCUAUCUGAAAAUGAAGGCCAAGACGAGCCAAAGCAUCGACACACCAGAUCCUGUUGCAGAUGCCGCGUCGCCAAAGAAGCGCGCAAAGGGCAAGAAGCGGUCGAAGCUCAAAGGCAAGAACCAAGAAGCUGUCGCGGACGACACCGCUGCAGCUGCUGCGGACGGCGCGGGUGAGGCUGGCGCCGACGCGGUGGACGCUGCAGCAGCGGCGGAUGCUGCCGCAGAACCUGACGUGCAGCCAGAGGGCAUGGAAGAUCUGGAGUCCACUGGCCGCUUGUACAUAACCAACUUGCCCUACGGCGCCAGCGAAGAGGAUCUGCGAGCUCACUUCGAGCCGCUGGGGGAGGUCGAGUCCGUGGUCGUUUGCAAGGACGAAGACACCCUCAAGUCUCGGGGCUUUGGCUACGUCACCUAUGUGUUCCCUGAAUGCGCUGUCAGGGCAGUGGCGGAGCUGGACCUCAAGUCCUUCCAGGGCCGGCUGCUGCGGUUGGCCCCGGCCAGGCAGAAGCCGGAGAAGCCCGCAACUGAAGCGGCCAAGGGGAACACCAGCUCCUACAAGCGUAAGCUGGAAGAGCGGAAAAAGAAGGUGGACGCUCACUUGGAGCACACCUGGAACUUGCUCUACGUUUCCGCCAACGCGGCGGCCGAUGCCGCCGCCGCACAGCUGGGUGUGUCCAAGAGUGAGCUCUUCGGCAAAGACGCGGAGAACGCUGCAGUCACUGCAGCCCUGACAGAGACCUCCAUCAUUCAGCAAACGAAGUCAUGGCUUCUGCGGGAGGGCAUCCGGGUAGAUGCCUUUGAGCAGAAGGGGUCCGCCCUCACUAACAGCAAGGCCAUCAUCCCGGAGGGCGCGGGCCGCCGAGAGGACACGCUCAUCGUGAAGCACCUGCCGGCGGCCGCCAGCAGCGCGGAGCUCCGCGAGCGCUUCGGGCGCUUCGGGGAUCUGGUGCGGUGCAGCUUGGCGCCAUCCGGCACCGUGGGCAUCGUGCAGUACACGGACAAAGGAGCUGCGACCCGGGCGUUCCAAAAGUUGGCCUUCUCGAGGUACCGGCACGUGCCGCUCUAUUUGGAGUGGGCUCCGGAGGACGUGUUCACAAAUGGGGGAGCAGCACCAGAGGCUGCGGAGACAGUGGCAGCGGUCGAGGAGGAGGGCGAGGCAAACGAGGAGUCUCGCGGCCAUCUCUUCGUGAAGAACCUGAGCUUCCAGACCACAGACGAAGGACUGAAGAAGGCCUUUCGGAGGUGCAAGGGCCUGAAGGCGGCUGUGGUGAUGCGCAAGAAGGCGGCGGAGAAGAAAGGCGCCAAGAAGGAAGAGGACGGCAAAGGCCUGUCCAUGGGCUACGGCUUCCUGGAGUUUGAGACGGCGGCGCAGGCGGCAGACGUUCUGAAGUCCAAGCAGGGCGUGCUCAUCGAUGGCCACGCCGUGCAAUUGCAAGUCUCGCGGCGCGGCGCCAGCAAACGCGCCGGCCCGGGCCGCAAGGCUUCAGCGCAAGGCAUCAAGUCCUCCAGCAUCUGUGUGAGGAACGUGGCCUUCGAGGCGACCAGAAAGGAGCUCUAUCAGCUGUUUGGGGCCUACGGGACGGUGACAUCCUGCAGACUGCCCAAGAAGUCCGACUACAGCGGGCACCGGGGCUUCGCGUUUUUGGACUUCGCCAGCCGCGCGGAGGCGCAGAGCGCCUUUGAGGCGCUGCAGCACAGCCAUUUGUACGGCCGGCGCCUGGUGAUUGAGCCCGCGGAGGAGAAGGCCACCGACGUGGCGAACGUCCAGAUGGCUGCGGCCAAGCGCCAGCAGUCGCAGGUCCGGGCCAGCGAAGCCAAGAAGCGCCGCAAAGCGGGGGUUCUCAAUGCCCCGGGGGAGGCGGGUUCCUUCGAGGACGCGCUCAUGUCUUGAGCCGCGGGCAUGCCUCCGUGCUGUUGAGCAUCGGAUGGCCGCCGCGCUUGUACAAAUUGCUCCAGAACCGCCUAGCCUAGCGUGGGACCUGGCACCGCACCC